AUGGAUGUCUAUUGGCAAUACGGUGAUAUUGCGGAAAGCAGUGGUUCCUCCUCCAGCACUAACACGUUACCACCACCACAAAAAUGCACCGCUGUCGAGAUUAUGGCGCCAGACCCGCCUAUAAUGACACUAGAAGACCUGGAACGGGAGCUUGCGGGGAAACCAUUAAGCGAUCCGACCAAGGCCGCCAUGAGUGGCAGUCUAAAUAACAUUCUAGCCAAUAUCGAGACGCUUACUACUCAAUCCCAGAUCCUAAAGACAGUUGCGCCAUUCUUUCCAACAAACACAGAAAAGGGGAUCGCAGCUCUCACUGCUUUCGUUCAUGGAAUAAUCAACAACUGGCUCAAGAUCAAACAGGUGCUAAUGGAUAAGGGAGUCGUCUAUUUGAUGAAUGCAAUUGAUACUACCUGGCAAACGCUUUCCACUAUGAACGCAAGCUUUUGGAACUGGUUAUCAAGUCACUGGGAAAAGGUUCUCGAAACGGCUUUAACAGCAGUUGGGACUGCCCUGGGGGGUAUUGGAGGGACACUCGCGGGUCUGCAUCUUGUCGCACGUGCUGGAGCAGCCGUUAUUGGAGGCCCUGUAGGGAUCGGUGUAGCUUUGAUUGGAACCGCAUUAGGGACUGAGCUCGGUGGGGAAAUAGGCGGUGCAGUUGGGAAGGCCAUUAUAAACACUAUUAAAAACUAG